AGGUCUCCUGAUUUCUUUGCAUAUUCUAGUGAAUAAUUGAUGAUAGGUACAACAUAGUUGUUGGACUUGUUGGAACCCAUUUCUUAGUAAGUAGAAGGCCCAUUUCGUCGUAUCCCGAACGAAGCACUAUAGACCUAGACGUGUGAUCCAGUGUUUUUCGUGAUCUGUUGUACUAACUUGUUUAUUUUCAUCGAGACUUGCAUACUAGCAGCUAGACUUUCUUGAAGUAUAUUAGACUCCACGUGCGCAUAAACUACAAGAAGAAGAAGAUGAGUACCACUGCCGCGCAAAACAGCUCCGGGCCAACCGGCCGCGGGCUUAUGGGCUUGUUUACGGAUCAUGUCACAAAAUUGACCCGCGCGAAUGAUGUGGACAUCGACGCAGAAGCCUUCCCACCAGGAAGCCCGAACAACGCCAACAAUCUCCAGCUCGCUCUCGUCUCCGAGGUAAUUGUGCCAGAAAACCCUCAAGAUUUGGUCGCAGAGUUUACGGAUAUCAAAUAUUUCUAUGACGGCAAAUUGGGAAUGGGAUUUGCAUUCAAAGAGACGCGAAUAACGCGGAUUGAUCCAGGGAAAUGGGCGGACUCGGUUGGGUUGAGAGUAGGGGAUGAGAUACUGUGCAUCCAGACGGACUGGGAACAAGACCUGAUUGUGGAGGAGUAUGAGGUACCAAUUUUUGAUGGAUGUAGUUUUAGGCGGUCGUCUAAGUAUCGUCCCCAGCACUCUCACUCACGAAGUCUGGUGUUGACGACGUAACAGUUGUCUAUUCUUGAUAUGCCCAAGAUGCACUUGCGUGUCCAUUCAAAUGUAUCUUGUUUUACCUGUCUAUCUAGCUUUGGAGAAGAACUGGUACCCGAGAAGUGGGUUCCUUGGACAUCCUGUGCAUCUCCUCUGCAACAGUUCAAACAUCAAUUCUAGUAAAUGAUUUGUUUCACAAGUAGUACGCAAGCAGCUUUCUACAUCCCAAAAUCCAUAACAGCGCAAGCUUCCCGUUUCUGGCAAAGUCGAGAAGGUGCGCUUCACCCCCUUCUCCGCUCUACAGCAGAAAGAGAAGAUCAUACGAUUGAAACGGAAAGGCGGCGUAGGAAUGGUGAUCGCGAGAAAAGUAGCCCUUCAUGAUGCAAUAAGGGCAGCAAAAAAUAUGCAGGCUGCGUUUCGAGCAAGAAGAGAUCGAAGAGAAGCCCACAAGAAACAAGCUACGAAGGUAAGUCUUUUUUCUUAGCAUAGAUAGUCACUCAUACAACCUUUGUGUCUGUGUCUGGUUUGAUGAUUCGUUUACCAGUGGUCAUUGUUUUUGUUAGCUCCUCUGCACGGAAGCAUUCAGUUUCAUUCUCUUGAGUAAAAUAGUUUCUUGAAUUCUAAGGCCAAUGAGGUUGUGGGGACUUGUUUUUGUCUCCGGUUGAGCAUGAAACGUGUUUUGAUAUUUCCAUCCAUGCUUGCAUCUCCUGAGAAGAUGUCUGCAAACAAGAUUCAUAGUCUGUGCAAAAAUAUCACAAGAACCACAACUACAGCGUUUCUUCGGUUUCCUUGGUUCGUGUAUGGAAGCUUGUGGUGGCAAUGAGGAUAGUAGAAUUCCAAGUCUAGACUGUGGCAGUCUAGAAGGUGGUCACCAUUAUGAGGCCAUCGAAGAUGGAACGGUUCUGUAUCCCAUGCUAGAGCAGCGAGAGAGCAGAGCCUUCGUGCACGUUGGCGGUCAACAAGUGAGAGCAGGAGAGCCAGUGUUUGGGCGUGCGAAUCCAGUGUUUGGGCGGUUGGCACAGUCGACAGCGGACGAAUACGUUGUGCCCAUGUCGGAAAUCGAAGCAAUGCACGCCAGCCGACAAGCUACUUAUCGAGAACGAGAUGCUCGUGAUCGAGACGGAAGUUACGAUACUAGAGAUCACAAGUUUAACGAGGAAUUUGACCAAAUGUUGGAGUCUCCGAGGAUGAGCGCGUCCUUGAAAGUAGCGGUAAGCCCACAGUCAAGAGGGGCUGAGCCUGUCGUGGAAAUACUAUCACCGCGUAGCAACAGGAGUCAUCAUUUAGUUCCUGGUGGGGGUGGGAGCGGGAUCAACAUUGCUCCUGGUGGCGCCAGCAAUGAUAGCUUAUACACUUCAAUUUUCCCGCAAAAGUGCAUCGAGACACUCGCAGCAGCGUCGGAAGUGAUGUUUACACAGUCAGAUGGUUGUGCAACGACCACAACGGGGGCUACGGAGACGAAUGAUCAAGAUAUGUUGAUUUUGGUAAGUGAGCCGAGCAACACGCGGGAACCGUUGUAUAUCCAACAGCAAGCGAUGGAGCAAAUUCAGAGAAAGAACGAAGAAGAGGAAAAACGGAGAUUAGACGAAGAAGAAAGACAAAGGAAAAAAGCGGCGAUGCGAGCACAAAUCACGACUAGGAGAGAAGAAGGUCAAGGACCAACGGGUACUUCCUUCGUGGCAGAACACGAUGAAAAACAUGCUUGGUGAAAAAUUGAAAUUGCAAAAAAUUACGCGCUUGGUAGAUUAUGAUAAUCGUUUAUCCACCUGCUCGCUCCUGAUAUCAAAUUACGUAGACAGAGUCAGUCUUUGGACUACUGUCAUACAGGUAACUACCUUGCUUUCUUAUAACAACGAUGAAUAUGUUGAGAGAAUCAGCUAGAUCUUCUAAAGGUACAAACCAUGUAAGAACUCACCUCAGUUCAGAACACGACGAACACGACGGGAUUUCUUCCCUCAUAGUUAAUUUUCCGCAAGCUUUU